CCAAACACAAACAAAACAAAAAAAAUUAAAAAACCAAAAAAAUAUUUGUCUCAGUCGUUUCGUCCCUUCGAUCUUUAAACCUUAAUUUGUGUUUGAGUUAUAACCUUAAUUAUAAUCAUUAUGGGAUUUCUUGACAAACUUUGGGACGAAACGUUGGCGGGUCCCUUACCUGACUCGGGUUUGGGUAAACUUCGAAAGUAUAACUCUUUCUCUGCAAGCUCCGGCGUCCGGUCGCCGCCGCCGGCGAAGGAAGACGUUCCUAUUAGUCGUAGCAUUAUGAUUAUUCGAACUCAUUCUAAUUUCGGUAGAGGCACCGUUUCGGAACCUGUUUCUCCUUGUUCUUCUGCACCUAUAUCCCCUCGCACCCCUUUAUCACCGGAGACACCAGGCGGGAAUUUUAAGAAAUUUACCAGAAGGAAAUUGCAGAUUGAUCCAACUGAUAGCUCCGACCACCGAAGUCCGACUAUUUCCAAUUGGGUGAAUAUGAGUGUUUUGGAUCAUUGUUGAGAGAGAGAGAGAAAGGAAGUAAGAUGUUUUGUAUACAUCGUCAUUUAUUCGGGAUAUAAUUAACAUUGAUUUUUUAAUUUCUGUGAGAUUAUAUAGCAUAUAGUUGCUAUUUUAUAUAUAUGUUGUAUAUAUUGUGUAUAUAAUGUAUAUUACUAUAUGUAAUAUUGUAAUAUAAAGUGUGUAUAAGCUAUAAGUUAGUGGCCAGUGCUUCAAGAGAUUCUGAGAGAUGAAGGAGUAGUGCAAAGAAAGUCACCAGAAGUGUAUAUAUUUUGUAUAUAUGUUUUUUAUUUUUUAUUUUAAGUUUUGGGGUGGUGACUAUUGUAAAUAUGGAUUGUGUACUCUGAAAUCUGUGUGGAACUCAACGAAGCUUGAUUUUUAUUA